GUCUUCUACUCAGAGGUUGAAGGUGACAAAGCAGUUAAGCAGCUCUCACAUGAUGUUCCCCUGAGUUUGGAUAUGCUUAGCAUGGGUCAACUUGAAGGACAAGCAAUCUUUGAAGUUGUUAUUGGUGAUCUAAAGCCAGGCACUCCUCACCGUGUUAGCGUUGGAGCAUAUGGCUGGGCAGGGAAAGGACGACCCAGCAUGCCCAGAGAUGUGACAACCCUCUCCCAAGAUAAGUGCAUGCCCCCUGCACCACCUUAUCAACCUCAGAUUGUGGUAGUUUCUGAUUCAGAAGUUGCAUUAUCCUGGAAGCCUGGAGUAAGUGAAGGAAGUUCUCCCAUCCAGCACUACAUGGUGGAGUUUAUCAGGCCAGAUCUUGACAGCAAUUGGACAGUAAUAAAAGAGCAGAUCCAGAUGGAAUCCAUGGUUCUCAAGGGACUUCUCCCAAAUACCAAGUAUCAGUUUGCCGUCCGAGCAGCAAACACCUACGGAUCCAGCCCUGCCAGUGCACCGAGCGACGUCAUCCGAACAUUCAGCUCUGAGGAGUUAGGAAGUGGAAGCUAUGGCCAUCGGUACAUCACAGACACAGUGACUGGUGAUGAUGAUGGAUUUGAUAUAGAUGACUCAGACUACGACAUUUACAUAGAAGAGCUCAGACCACUUCCUGCUAUCAAAGGAGGCAGCAGAAAAUUUCUGGUUGAAACCAAGGUCACACCAGGGUCUAGUUCCAGGCUUCUGUCACGGGUCCUUACAACCACUUCUGAACCUACUACGUCCAUUCCCACCACCACAUGGUCUUCAGCCACAGCAAGGGCAACUACGGCUCGGGCAGCGAGGAGGGGCGGUGUGUCUCCUGCCACGCGCCUCUUUGAUCUCUCCUGCGAUGAGGCCAUCUGCUCUGCAGACAGCUUUUGUGUCAACGACUAUGACCGGGGUGGCUCACGCUGCCACUGCAACUUGGGAAAAGGAGGAGAGAUGUGUACGGAAGAUAUUAUUAUCCAGUAUCCUCAGUUCUCUGGCUACUCAUACAUCACCUUUGAACCACUGAAAAACUCCUAUCAGACAUUUCAAAUUACCCUUGAAUUUAGGGCUGAAUCAGAAGAUGGUUUGCUGCUAUACUGUGGAGAAAAUGAACAUGGUCGUGGCGAUUUUAUGUCGCUCGCAAUCAUCCGACGUAGCAUCCAGUUCAGGUUCAACUGUGGCACUGGAGUUGCAGUCAUAACGAGUGAAAACAAAAUCAAGCUGGGGAACUGGCACAGCGUCACGUUAUUCAGAGAUGGGAGGAAUGGCUGGCUCAGGAUGGACAGUGAUGCUCCAGUAACAGGAAAAUCUCAGGGCCAAUAUAGUAAAAUUACGUUCCGGACUCCCUUCUACAUUGGUGGUGCCCCCAGUGUGUACUGGCUGGUCAGAGCUGCAGGCACCAACCGUGGGUUUCAGGGCUGUGUUCAGUCGCUCAGCGUCAACGGAAAGAUAAUUGAUAUGAGACCCUGGCCAUUAGGGAAAGCUCUCAGUGGUGCUGAUGUUGGUGAGUGCAGCAGUGGCAUCUGUGAUGAGGCAUCCUGCAUCAACAGUGGUACCUGUACUGCGAGCAAAGCAGACUCAUACAUUUGCCUUUGCCCUCUUGGAUUUAAAGGUCAUCAUUGUGAAGAAGCACUCACCUUGGCCAUACCUCAGUUCAACGAGUCCUUAAGGUCAUUUGCUAGCACACCCUGGCCCUUGGAACCACAGAAUUACCUUUCCUUCAUGGAGUUUGAGAUGACAUUUCGUCCAGAUUUAGAGACUGGUGUCCUUUUGUACAGCUACGACACAGACAGCAAGGACUUCCUCUCCAUUAACAUGGUGGCUGGUUACGUGGAGUUCAGGUUCGACUGUGGCUCAGGAACGGCUGUCAUCAGGAGUGAAGAACCUGUCAGUCUGGGUCAAUGGCAUGAGCUGCGAGUGUCUCGCACGGCGAAGAAUGGCAUCCUACAAGUGGACAAACAAAAGCCAGUGGAAGGGAUGGCAGAG